UCAGGGAAACGAGAGAAAACAGAGAAAGAAGAACCGCAAACAAACAAGACACAGAACGUGAAGCUCUGAAGAAGAGAGAAGCUACAAAAGACGAAAAGAUGAAGACUUUCACCCUCCUCAUCCUCUUUUCUGUGCUGUCUGCCUGCAUGUCUACAGGAGUAGUGGAUAUUGCUGUUGAACCUGACACUGCUCCUGAAGCUGAUCCUGCAGCUGAUGCCCCCGCAGCCUCCAGCUCUUCCUCUGAAUCAGACUCCGCAUCAGACUCUGCCUCUGACUCUGCGUCCGACUCUGCCUCUGACUCCGCAUCUGACUCUGCUUCGGACUCUGAUUCUGCGUCUGAUUCCGCCUCUGAUUCUGCCUCUGAUUCUUCCUCAUCUGAGUCCAACUCUAACAGUGUUGAAGCCACAGCUGCACCUGACCACGUGAUGGUGAAGAGAUCUCUCGCCACAGCCCUGCUGAGGAGACACAGAAGAGCAGGAACGCCAGUAGCAGACCUGACCCCAGUUCAGCUGGAGAGUCUGAGAGAGGUGUGCGAGGUCAACAUUGCCUGUGAACACAUGUCUGACACUGAAGGGAUCGUGGCGGCUUACACAGCAUACUACGGCCCCAUCCCUUUCUAAAUGGCCUCAGAGAGAAGCUGCUUCUACAAGGACUCAAAGCUAAUCCAGAUUUAGAUGGAACAGAAACCAGCUUUGCGGUAUUUGAACGGGUCUCACUACCUCCCCUGCUUUGCAAAGAGGUGAAGGGAGAAAAAUAAAUGGCUGUUCUGGCUUUUCCCCUCGACAGCUCCAGAUUUUGCUUUGCUGUAUGUUUUUACUGAAACCACUAGAGAGUUUCUGGUUUUGUAUCAAAGGUGACCACAACUACAGUGACAACUCAUUUAUGUAGUAGUCUAAGAAUAGCAUGAGUAUCUCACUAUGUAUAUGAUCUCUGUGGUGUGAUCAACCUGACAACUGUCACAGGGACUGUAAAAUGCCACAUCUGCUAAUAUAGUGUUUCAUUGUAGAGCUAUUUGCUUAUCUGCAUAGAUCAAGGAAUGACACAUUAGUAGGCAAACCAUAAACAUAUCAUUCAUUUUAUUUAGUUUUAAAUUAUUAUUGUUCUGUGGAGUUUAUGUUUUCUUGAAGGCUCAAUGCCAUCUUCCAUCACAAUGGUGCUAAACCUCCUUAUUUAACACUCGAAGCUAGGGGAGAUAAAAUCAUAAACUGUACUUUACACAUGUUUUUGCUAGUUGAUCUAGGACUUGUCUCUUUGUGGAUAGUCUUUUUUUUAAUAUACAUAUAGCAUUUUUUUUAGUGACACAAUGAUAUGGAAAAUGCUUGUACAUUGUUUUAAUAAAAAUGUUUUAACAUGUA